GCCAUGGCGGACAGGUUGUCGGUGCCAGUGCGCCCGAUAAACAUGAGAGAUUCUAAUAACUUGAGCGAAUCUCCCACGGAAUUAUGUGACGAUUGUCUGCAGGGAAGUAAAGAUGAACUCGAACCGGGAUAUAUCGAGGAUAGGUUCCGUGUUGACAGGAAAAAGUUGGAGCAAAUGCUCCAAGGUCAUCUGGAUGAAGAUGAAGAAUCAGCAGAGGAGUUUUUUCAGCGGAUUAUGGAUGAAACUAAUACUCAGAUAACAUGGCCCUCCAAACUCAAGAUCGGUGCCAAGUCAAAGAAAGACCCACACAUAAAAGUUAUAGGAAAACCAGAUGAUGUAAAGGCUGCUAAAGACAGCAUAAUGACUAUUCUUGACACAAAGAGCAACCGUGUGACAUUAAAGAUGGAUGUGUCACACACAGACCACUCACAUGUGAUAGGCAAGGGAGGUAACAAUAUCAAGCGGGUGAUGCAGGAAACCGGAUGUCACAUUCAUUUUCCAGAUUCAAACAGAGGCAACAAUGUACAGGAGAAAAGUAACCAGGUAUCUAUAGCAGGACAACCAGCAGGAGUAGAAUCUGCUCGGGCACAAAUUAGGGAACUGUUGCCAUUGGUGUUUAUGUUUGAGUUACCAGUAUCUGGAGUCCUACAGCCUCUUCCUGAUGCCUCGUCACCCACCAUUCAACAACUACAACAGCAGUAUAAUGUUGUCAUUAGCUUCCGUCAGAGGCCACGUGUUUAUGCAACGACGGUGAUUGUGAGGGGCUCUGUUUGUAAUGCCAAAUCUGUCAAGGAGGGCACAGCUAGUCUGAUGGAACACCUAACAAGUAAUGUGUCUGCACCACUGCCGGUCAGUAUGCAGCUAGAGAUUGCUCCACAACACCACUUGUUCAUCAUUGGCCGAGGUGGUAUGAAUGUUAAACAGAUUAUGACAAGGACAGGGGCAAGUAUCCACUUCCCUGAUCCAACCACCGUGACACCUCAAAGGAAGGGCACCUUCUACAUUACUGGCAAUAUAGAGAGUGUGUUCCUAGCUCGCCAACACCUCAUUGGUUGUCUGCCCUUGGUCCUUAUGUUUGAUGUCAAAGAUGAGAUUGACAUGGAUCAAGCCCGUAUAACACAACUAAUGGAACAGCUUGAUGUGUUUAUUAGUGUGAAACCUAAACCAAAACAACCAAGCAAGUCUGUGAUUGUGAAGAGUAUUGAGCGGAAUGCCCCUAACAUGUACCUGGCUCGACUGACCAUGCUGGGACUGAAACGGGAUGACAAAGCUUACCCUAUCACUAAGGCAGUGGAUUCAGAGGCAGGAAUCCUACAGAACAAUGGCCUCGGUCUCUCCACAUUGGGUUUUCUCAGUCAAAAUCUGCUGUCUGUCAACACUACCAAUGCACUGCUGAUGCUCAAUGGAAGCCAAGGAGGACACUCAAGCCCCAACUCUGUUCCUCAAAAUGUGAAUGUCUCUUGUAGCAGUCCCAAUCAUUGGGUUACACCACCUCCAGGAAUAUAUGGUCCUAUGGUAGUCCUGAAUUCGUCCACAACUUGCUCCGUCCAGAACCAGCUUGAUCUCAUCUCCCAGUGUGGUGAGCUUCAUAACAAGGACCUUCCUCAGAAUGGAUCAUUCAUCAAUGUGCCUAUAUCUACUGACCAAGUGACCAGCACCACGGCCAGUAGUACAAACAGUCCGAGUCAGAGUCCGUGUCAAAGUCCCAUCAGUAUGGGACAAAGUGCCUCCCCAGUUGACUUAGCCAGCCUACAGAAAGCCAAUGCCUUCGGUAAUUUGAUCACUCGUGAGACGUCGCCCACAGGGAGCUGCCACACGCUGGACCUGUUGGGACUAAGUAAGACUGUCGGCAGUCACUCCCCGCUCUUCCGGGAUAAUGGAAUGGGACGACCCACCCUAGACAGCAACCUUUCGCCCCUACAGAAUGGAGAGCGGUCAUCAGAGUCUGGAGCAGAAUCUGAUGGUUCGGACAAAUUAGCACCCGGUAUAGAGCGCAAGAACUCUAAUGCGAACCUGUUCCCUACCUGGAAUAUGAACACUGACUACGAACAGAGGAAACUCAUGGCCAACAAAGCUAUGCAGAAGAAACCGGAAGGUGAGUCUAGGAUUCCUACUGACUACUGGGCAGGUAUGGGCUUCUCCAAGUCUAUGCCGGAGUCGGCUAUCAGAGAGAAGUUUGGCAAGCGAUUUGAGAAUAACCAGUACACAGAGCCAUCAAUGGCCACAACAUACGAGUCCCCAAAUGAGGGUUGUGAAGAGGAGGAGAUUGACCGAGAUCCUUGGAAGGACUCCGUACAACAGGCCAACAAGCCUAUCAAUCCUGCCCCGGGAGAGUACCCCAGUCCCCGCAAAAAGUAUGAAGUGUCUCUGAGUAGCAGUAACUAUGUGGACAGUGCCUGUUUGCCUUCUGUCAAGAAUCUUUGGGCAGUCAAAACUGACAUUGCCGAACUCUUCAGUAAACUAGGACUAGGGAAAUACACAGACUUAUUCCAGCAACAGGAGAUUGACCUUGCGACCUUCCUGACCUUGACUGACCAGGAUCUGAGGGAGCUGGGUAUUUCUACAUUUGGUGCCCGCAGGAAGAUGCUUCUAGCCAUCACAGAUUUGAACAAAGGUCGGGCAGUGAUGAACUCUGAAAAGAUGCCAAACCAUAUACCAGAAAAAGUCCCUCCAGGGUUUGCCCCUCGCCACAAUACCAACAUCCCUGGUAAACACCCUGACGUCAACCAACCCCUGAUGGCCUCCCGUUCAAUCACUGGUAAUCGUAAUAAUACUUCCUAUGCUGACAAUGAAGUUCCAGUGUUUCCACAGCGAGCCAUCACGGGGAAACAAUUCUCCGACAGUGAUGGAUCCGGUCUUCAUACCGGUAUGGCCUUACAUAAUUCCAGCUCUAGUCUCCGGAGCUCUGGUGCAGGGCUUCAUGGCUCGGGCAUGGGACUACAGCGCACUAGUCCACUCGGGGGACUCCAUCACAGUGGCGCACUCCACAGUUCCACCUCCAGCUUACAUGGAUCUGGUCACAUGACUAGGAAGACUGCACACUUUCUAGAUGGAAGUGGUCCACGACAGAUUACUGGCGGCUUUUCCAGCAGUGGUGUGUUCUCAUCAGAGGGGUUUGGACAGGGUCUCACUGGUCGUCAAAUCACACGUGGGCUGAGUGCUAGUUUCCAGGAAAGCAGUAGUCUAUCCCAACAACAGCUAACCAGUACAACCAGUAGUCCCUUCAUCGACACCACACGCCAGAGGAACUCUCGCUCUGACCUUGCUAAUCUUAGUGCACGCUGGUGAUCAAACUGAAAAACAGACUUCUUACUGAUAACACGGGAAAGAAUGAAGACUGCCUUCAUUUUGAAUGAAGAAUAUUUCCAGUACAUCAGUUAGUGAUCCACUGGAAAAAAAUUUACCCAAACUGUGUCAUUUGCUCAGGGUAAUUUCUUGAUAAAUCAUAAAAAUAAGUCUGUUGAAAAUCUGAAGAACAAAAAAGUUCAGAAAACACCACAUAUUUGGCUAUUUUUAAGGCAUAUAAAACUUAUUUUUUUCCAAAUAUGCAUUUAAAUAAAACUUUAUAAAUAUUUAGAAUAUUAUAGCCAUCAACAGUCGGGAGAAUAGCUGUAAAUUUCCCAAACUACAAUUGAUAGUUGUUCAAUGUGAAUACUGUGUUGCAAUUAAUUUGUCAAUGAUUCUUGAAUAUGUCAGAGUUUCCCACACCGUGACAAGAAUGCACAAUAAUCUCAAGCUUUUCUUCACUGGUGACCAGAUUGCAAGACAAUCUAUCAAGGAUCUCUACACCGGUGACCAGAAUGUACUACAGUCUGUCAAGGUCUCACCGGUGACCAGAAUGUACGACAGUCUGUCAAGGUCCACCGGCGACCAGAAUGUACGACAGUCUGUCAAGGUUCUCUUCACCGGCGACCAGAAUGUACGACAGUCUGUCAAGGUCCACCGGCGACCAGAAUGUACGACAGUCUGUCAAGGUUCUCUUCACCGGUGACCAGAAUGUACGACAGUCUGUCAAGGUCCACCGGCGACCAGAAUGUACGACAGUCUGUCAAGGUCCACCGGUGACCAGAAUGUACGACAGUCUGUCAAGGUCCACAGGUGACCAGAAUGUACGACAGUCUGUCAAGGUCCACCGGUGACCAGAAUGUAUGACAGUCUGUCAAGGUCCACCGGCGACCAGAAUGUACGACAGUCUGUCAAGGUUCUCUUCACCGGCGACCAGAAUGUACGACAGUCUGUCAAGGUCCACCGGCGACCAGAAUGUACGACAGUCUGUCAAGGUUCUCUUCACAGGUGACCAGAAUGUACGACAGUCUGUCAAGGUCCACCGGUGACCAGAAUGUACGACAUUCUGUCAAGGUCCACAGGUGACCAGAAUGUACGACAGUCUGUCAAGGUCCACCGGUGACCAGAAUGUACGACAGUCUGUCAAGGUCCACCGGCGACCAGAAUGUACGACAGUCUGUCAAGGUCCACCGGCGACCAGAAUGUACGACAGUCUGUCAAGGUCCACCGGCGACCAGAAUGUACGACAGUCUGUCAAGGUCCACCGGCGACCAGAAUGUACGACAGUCUGUCAAGGUUCUCUUCACCGGCGACCAGAAUGUACGACCAUCUGUUGAUAGGUGUAUAUGAUGUUCUUCGGAAGAAGUUCUUUACACUGUUGACCAGAGCUAGUGACAAUCUGCAUUGAUAAACAGUGCAGUAGCUACCCAGCCUUUUUAAGCGGUAAAUACUGGGCAAUUAUCUAAUAUAAGGAAGAUUUCAAAACUUGCUGGUUGUAAAAAGCAAUGUGAUUGGUUAACGGCAGCCUGAAAGGUUGGUUGGUAGAGUUUUUAUGUUGUUGGAAUAUUACUGAUAGUACAUAAAGUUUUGUUGUAGUACCAGGCGAAGGUACUUGUUAAAAUUCGGAGAACAAAUGUUUGUUUGCUAGGUUUAUCUCUCUGUGAACAGCCAGGGUUAUUUUGAGGCGGGGUAUUGAUGUAGUAGUCGGUGACUACCUCACUGAACAACAUAUGGGAGGCCUGUCGCAUGCCAUCCAGAGCUAUAAGGGGAAAGUGCCCUGUCCAAGUACACAACUGUGAUAGCACAGACUGGUCUGUUUCCUGAGAAACACAAACCAACACGUGUAUAGGGAGCAUCGAAACCAUGCACCUCAGAUCUUCAGCUGAGGUUACAUGGCCAGCGCUCUGAGCUAUGGCAGCCCCUAGAGAACAAAUUUAACACGAGAUACAUCAUGGAAGCUAGCAAAUAAUUACAAUACAAAACAAGUUAUUAAUUUUAAUACGAUCACUUGAAGGAGUGGUAGAUUAGACAAGGCAGGCAGGAUCACUUGUCAUUCUCCCGAUACUGCAUUUGUUGUUUUUGAUAGGUUGUGUGUGGAAGCACGUUGUUGCUGGCAACACAUUUUGUUAUUGAGCUGAUGUCUGUAGAAAAAUUAUAUGUUUGUUAUCUUGACAAAAAUCUUGGAGCUACCAGAACAGUGGACCUUACUAGUCUUUUUGUAUACAUCAGUAUGAUGAGCUUUCAUUUACCCUGUUUGUUAUUGUACAUGUAGUUAUAGUCAUUGCAAAGUUAUAGUCACCUUUUUUAAUAUAUUUUAAUAACAAUCAUAGUAAUACAAAUGUCCAUCCCACCAUGUUUAUACAAUAGCCUUUUUUACCAAAAACAAAUCUGCUUUUUAUGUUUAAAUUUUAUUUUCAAUGUAUGAUUUUAUUUUAAUUUUAUGUCUUUAUUUUGCAAUAUUGAUUAUUUUUGUACCAGUUUUAACUCACAAAUCCGUCCAUACUAUAUUUGCCUUUGUUUGCCAGGAUCAUGGUUUGCUAUACAGUACCAAAUCUCCUUUUGCCUCUUUUUUUGUAAAAAUUGGCUCAAUUAUCAUGACAUUAAAAAAGAUCUGCAUUUGGAAAAUCAUUGCAAGCCAGAUGCUUAUAGUAGUUGAAAACAUUUGAGAUAUCAGCUGUUGCUGAUAAUAUUAAGGUUUCUUUUUUUUUUUUUUUUUUUUAGAAUCGUGAAAUUAAUUGAUAAACUUUUUAUUGGUAAGUACAUUUUGAGCAUAAUUGUAAAGGGAUAAAUUAAUACAGUUGUUGAGUAUGAUACUAUGUGCCAAUUUUUAUAGUCGAUUUUGACUGUACUUAAGGCUCACAAAAGUCAAAAGAAAGUAGAGUAUAUUGAACACAAUUUUUCCCUUAUCAUUCAAUGUUUAAAGUAAAUCCUUGAUAUUUAGCGAUUGUUUUGUUGUUGUACAUACUACUGAUUGUGUUAACUGUGAUGUACUAAGGUCCACUGGUAGUGUUCCAUGCUUCACUGAGUCAACUCCUGUUAGGUACAACACACCACCCACAAGGACGUCAGUAAAUUACAUAAUAUGUAACUCUGUCCUUUUGACUACAAACCCUGUGUUUUAGAACUUACAAAUCAGCUUGGUAACUAACAGCUUUCCAUGAUUUAUGCAGUCUUCAAUCAAAGCCACAUUUUCUUCAGCACCUCAAAAGUUUCAUUAUCAAAGAAAUUGAAUCCUUAGAAGUGAACUGCAAUAUAUCAUUUUAGCAUUAUUAUCCAAAGAAAUGAGUGUUUUAUAAACUGAGAAUAAUAUCCUGUCUAUAUAGGUGUGUGUUGUACCUACAGAAGAUUGGCCCCAGUGUAUUCAGGUGUGGCUGACACAGAUUGGCUCAGAGUCACCGCGUCUCACACAGGCUGUCAAGGGGCUUCCUUCUUAUUGGUUAAUCUCUCACUAACCCCUCCCCUCACCCUUCUUAUUGGUUAAUCUCUCACUAACCCCUCCCCUCACCCUUCUUAUUGGUUAAUCUCUCACUACCCCCCUCCCCUUCUGAGGUUAGUCCAGAGGGACUUUCUGAGCAUUGUUUAGCAUGGUAACUCUUAUUUUAUUUAACAUAAAAGGGAAAACAUUAUUUGGUAGAUCUAGUUCUGACAAGUAAAACUUCCAAAUUAAUAUCGAUAGUUUUCUUCACUUCUAAGUUGUUUGUGAUGAGAGCAAACCAUUAUGUUUCAAACAGGCAUUUUUAUUAUAAGUUUAUAUAUAGUACUAAGUUUUUUUAUUAGUUAUAUUUUUUUCUAAAAAAUCACCAUGUAUUUAGGCUAUGUGUUGAAUUAACCAAUGAGAAUCCAGCCUGAAGCAGCCAAUGAAAUGUUAUCUAUCACGUAAUAGUAGAUUAAUAUGCAAAUGUUGAAUAUAAUGUUAAUCAAAAUGUCCAAUAUAUACCCCCCUGUUUGUGUUGACCUAUAUACUGGUUUAGCUUUCUAAUACAAUAUGUUAUAUAUACCAUUUUCACAUUUUUUUCUUACAAAAAAACACGUUUUUGUGUCAUUUAAAAUUCGCUCAAAGUAAUCAUGUACCGAGUAUAUUUUUAUUGAAAGUUUACGGCACUACUGAAGUUUUUAUUCUGUAAUACACUGUAUAAACAGUUGCAUCAACAUUGAAACACAUCAGUUAGUUAGCAGUAUUUAUUAGUAAGUGGAAUCAUGACUUAAUCACUUUAAAACUUACCAUUAUACUUUGAAACAUUGAAGUGAAAAUGGCCUAACUAAUAACCAUUUUGAUCGGAGGUCAGAGUAUAACAGUCUAGUUUUAACUAGGGUUGUGAAGUUAUCAGAGGUCAGAGUAUAAGUCUAGUUUUAACUAGGGUUGUGAAGUUAUCAGAGGUCAGAGUUUAACAGAGUCUAGUUUUAACUAGGGUUGUGAAGUUAUCAGAGGUCAGAGUAUAACAGAUAGAGCCAGGUUUUAACUAGGGUUGUGAAGUUAUCAGAGGUCAGAGUAUAACAGUUUAGUUUUAACUAGGGUUGUGAAGUUAUCAGAGGUCAGAGUAUAACAGAACCUAGUUUUAACUAGGGUUGUGAAGUUAUCAGAGGUCAGAGUAUAACAGUUUAGUUUUAACUAGGGUUGUGAAGUUACAUAUUAAAUGUUGUUUACCUAAACAACAUGCAAUUUUAAUCCCUGCUUUUAAAGUGAACAGGUUUCACAAUUUGAUCAAUGUUUUCAUAAAAAAAAAUUUGCUUCGUCAAGUAGACAUUAUUUCAACAUUUUCCUUGUAAGAUUUGUUCCUACGAGUAGACAUUAGUGUGUACUCACAGAAACUAUAACCAAAGUUUGGUACAAAUGUAACAUUUUUUUCUCCAUAAUAUAUAUAGAUCUGCCAUUGAAGCAUUCAUUUCACUCAUUUUUAGCCCUUAUCAGUUCCAUUGGAAUUAUUUUGUUGAUGCUUUCAAAUUAAUAAGAUUUAUUAAGGACUUUAUCAUGAUUUUUUUGAUUUUUUUUAAUGAAUUGUUGAUCAAAAGUCUUGAACCGAGAUAAUGUUGAUUUAAAUAAGCAAACAUGUUUUGCUAGUUUGAUAAUCUGUAGUAUUUCCGUGUUGUGUGUGCAGUAAAUGACUAUGCAAUGCUAACCUGGAAUACAGGCUAAACAUAUAUAUGCCGUCCAUGACUAGAGUCAGUUCUUACAAGUUCUCAUCUCACAGGCUGAAUCAUAACAACAAUUUGGUCUGUCCUUACACAAGGUUGAUAUACAGAUAUUAUACCAUGCUCUACUGCCUAUAUAUACUUAUAGGUCUGAUAUUUCAAUGAUGUAUAUACCUAAGUACUUUAUAUAAGUCUGUAAAGUGUUGAGCUUAUGAAGCCAGUAGAGAACUUGUGAGAAUUGUUAUGGUAUUUUAUUAAUAUUUGACUGUGAUCCUAUAUAUACUGCUAAGUAGACAUAAGGAACACCAAACAUGUAUUUGGUGUUUAAAUCAAGGCAGUGCUAGUAAUAUAAUGUCAGACCGAGAAAUAUCCACCAAGGUAUUCCACAUUUAGAUUUGAUACAAUGAUCUUAUGAAAUGUAUCCCAGUUGGAUGUGUGGCACUAUGUAUACCACAAGUUUACUUGUUUAUGUAUCAAUUUAAUUACAUGUGUGACUCGGUGACACAAUGCAUCAGUUAGCACGGAGGUAAAAUUUUACUGUGUCUGUUAAAUCUAGCUGAGAUACAUUUCUAGUGAAUUUUAUACAUCCAAGAUCUGGCUGUCUCUCAGAACAACUUAAGAUGGUCUUCGUGAAAUGACAGUUUUCAAUUACAGAAUUCGGUGUUAGGGCAGAUCUGAGAAAUUCCAUCAUUAUGAUCAGAUCAAGUAAUAAAAUAUCUCCACAAA